AUGAUGCGACCGAGAGAUCCUCGAGUCAGGCAGACAAUCAACCAGAUUUCGUAUAAUCUCGAGUCCGCAAACGAGACAGCGCAGGAACGGAUUUAUACAUUUUCGCAUAACUAUAUAUUCCCCUGUUUCUCGACAAUUGGAAACUGUGUCAAUUCAUGCACUGCGCCCUGUCUCCCCACCCGCGACGACCACCUGCGCCGUCGCCGGCGUCGCUACGCAGAUUUCGACUUCUACGACGACUGGGAGAACGAAGAGGCGGAUGAUACCAUUUUAGGAUGGGGUACAGACGAACUAGAUCGUCUGUUGGCUGGGAGCGGGCUAGCGCGGGGAAAUUCCGACCAACCUCGCAAGCAGCGGAGGAUGAGCUAUGGUGCUCGUCGCGCGAGUAGGAGGAAAAGCGGACUUUUAAUACCAGACGAUCAUGAUGACCCGACUGUUAUCCCGAGCUCGUCAUUUCUGGGAUUCCUCGAGCGAUUCCCAUGGAGAUUUGGCGCGCGGGGUUUGAAAUACAGACCCUCUAUCGCUGACCUUCAAGAACACCCGACCGGGUUACGAGACGUACACGAGCAGGACCCUCUAAUAGAAGAGGGCGAAGAGACCGGAGGAGGGCCUGUGAAUGUGAACAAUGGGAGGUAUCGCAGUUCAACACAGUCGUCCCGUGAAACCGCAAACUCUCUCAGCUCCCGAGGGGAUUUAAUUAUGAGCGACGAGGAGGAGGACGCGGUACCUUUGGACGACGAAUUUGCUAUGGCCUUGGCCCGAAGGGGAACAGGGCUGGAGUCGGAUGAUCAGGAAGGGGGUAAACCCGACAGUAUGAGGUCUACCUCUGGUACAUUCAGCAUAGCACCCACCACAUCUUCGAAGAGCUCGAAAAACAAGAAGAAAAAGAAGCGGUCCAGUCGAAUACGUUCGCCUCCAAGCUCUUUCGCGGAUCUUUCCCGCGAUAUGGCGUCAAUAUCGAUUGACGAUUUAAAGAGGGAGGAUGAGCAGGCUGCGCGGGAAGAAGAGCUAGAAAUUGUACGGAAACGGCUCGCCGCGCGGCAGGUGGCUUUGCACCGGGGGAUCAGCAUAGAGGAUGUCAAAACUGCUUCCAUAUCUCCAUCACAAACAGCGCCUUCGGGUGUUGCUCACUCCACCUUGCCCGUCAACACCUCGGACGCGCAGGGGAAACAAGACUCUGCCCUUAAUAACAAAGUAACCCGACAAGACUCUAACCCGCGAUUAUCCGAGCCUGAUUCACGAACUGAACCAUUCCCACCUUUGCCCGAUACACUCAUGAGUCCUGAGAGUAUCGAAUAUAUUUCUACCCACUCCGAUCCUAGUCGGAAUUCGGACGUACGUCUGAGACCCGUUGACCCAGUGCCGGAACCCGAGGAUGACGCCCCGAGCUCUAAGACCGAUUAUGACAGAAUUUGA